AUGGAUUGUGCAACACGUGGCACGGGCCUUGCUGAGUUGUUACCAUACAUGUGCGCAGCCACUCUCGUGCGUCUUGCCAACCGCAGUGUGCCUCGCGUCAUGGAUACCGUCGCCGCUCGUCUCGCUGCCACACGGCAGGUAGCGCCGGCAGCAGCGCUUCGCUCUCAUCCUCGCCGCACUCCCGUCGCAACUCUUAGUUCUCUCUCCCGCGUUGGCCCGCAGCUACUGACACGCUGCCACGUGUCGCCGUCUCCGUCGCAUGGCGUUCGCGCAGCGUCGUCGGGCUCCUCGACUCAGCUGUCGUCGGAUUUCGUCAACUCGCAGCUGCGACACUUCAGUGGGCGACCCCUGUCACCAGCCCUAGCUCAGUCGCCAGGAGUGGCGCCUCGACGGCGCUUCCACCGUUCUGCACCGUGCCGCGCUGCCGCCAGUGGAGGGAGGAUAAGCCAGGGCGAGUUCACGGAGGCGGCGUGGCAGGUGAUAAUUGCGUCGCCGGAGGUGGCGAAGGAGAGCCGGCAGCAGAUCGUGGAGACGGAGCACCUCAUGAAGGCGCUGCUGCAGCAGCGCAACGGCCUCGCGCGCCGCAUCGUCGCCAAGGCCGGCAGCGACGGCACGGAGCUCCUCGCCGCCACCGACCGCUACAUCGCGCGCCAACCCAAGGUCUCGGGCGAUUCGAGUCAGAUGUUGGGGCGCGAUCUGGAGGCGCUGAUAGAGCGCGCGCGCGGCUUCAAGGCGAGCAUGGGCGACGAGUUCGUGUCCAUCGAGCACCUGCUCCUCGCCUUCUGCGGCGACAGGCGCUUCGGCGAGAAGGCGCUGCGCGACGCGGGGUUGUCGCAGGCGGCGCUGGAGAAGGCCGUCGCGGAAGUGCGCGGCUCGCAGAAGGUCACCGACCAACAGCCGGAGAACAAGUAUGAGGCGUUGGAGCGGUACGGGCGUGAUCUGACGGAGAUGGCGCGGCAGGGCAAGCUGGACCCCGUGGUGGGGCGCGACGACGAGAUCCGCCGCGCCAUCCAGAUCCUCUCGCGCCGCACCAAGAACAACCCCGUUCUCAUCGGCGAGCCUGGCGUCGGCAAGACGGCUAUUUCAGAGGGCUUGGCGCAGCGCAUAGUGCAGGGCGACGUGCCAGAGGCGCUUAUCAACCGCCGGCUGAUAUCGCUGGACAUGGGAGCGCUGAUCGCGGGAGCCAAGUUCCGGGGCGAGUUUGAGGACCGGCUGAAGGCGGUGCUCAAGGAGGUUACGGACAGCAACGGUGGCAUCGUGCUCUUCAUUGAUGAAAUCCACACCGUUGUUGGCGCCGGAGCAAGCGAGGGAGCCAUGGAUGCAGGCAAUCUGUUGAAGCCCAUGCUGGGUCGCGGAGAGCUGAGGUGCAUUGGAGCGACGACGCUGGACGAGUACCGCAAGCACAUUGAGAAGGACCCCGCCUUGGAGCGCCGCUUCCAGCAGGUGUAUGUGGGACAGCCGUCCGUGCCCGAUACUGUCAGCAUUCUGCGAGGGCUGAGGGAGCGCUACGAGCUGCACCACGGGGUGCGCAUCAGUGACAAUGCUCUGGUUGCCGCGGCUACCCUGUCGGAUCGCUACAUCUCCGACCGCUUCCUUCCGGAUAAAGCGAUCGACCUGGUGGACGAGGCAGCAGCAAAGAUCAAGAUGGAGAUCACAUCGAAGCCCACGGCACUGGACGAGGUGGACCGUGCCGUGCUCAAACUCGAGAUGGAACGCCUCUCCCUCGGCAACGACACCGACAGGCUGUCCCGCGAGCGCUAUGAGCGGCUGGAGAACGAGCUGAAAUCCCUCAAGACCCGCCAGGCGGAGCUCACCGAGCAGUGGGAGCGCGAGAAGAGCGUGAUGUCGCGCAUCCAGAGCAUCAAGGAGGAGGUGGACCGCGUGAAUGUGGAAAUUGGCCAAGCCGAGCGCGACUACGACCUCAACCGCGCCGCGGAGCUCAAGUACGGCAACCUCAUCUCGCUGGAAAAGCAGCUCUCCGACGCCGUGGCGGCCCUGAACGAGUACCAGCAGUCGGGGAAGUCCAUGCUGCGCGAGGAGGUGACGAGCAGCGAUAUUGCGGAGGUGGUGGCCAAGUGGACGGGCAUCCCGGUGGACAAGCUGCAGGAGUCGGAGAGGGAGAAGCUGCUCAAGCUCGACGACGAGCUCCACAAGAGGCUCAUCGGCCAGGAGACGGCCGUGACAGCGGUGGCGGAGGCAAUUCAGCGGUCGCGCGCUGGGCUGUCGGAUCCCAACCGCCCUAUCGCCAGCUUCAUGUUCAUGGGCCCUACUGGUGUGGGUAAAACCGAGCUGGCGAAGUCCCUAGCGGCGUUCCUGUUUGACAGUGAGGAGGCACUGGCGCAUGGGGACGUCUUCAACGUCUUCCUGCAGAUUCUGGACGACGGGAGGGUGACGGACAGCCAGGGGCGCACGGUGUCGUUCCGCAACACAGUGAUCAUCAUGACGUCCAACGUGGGCUCGCAGUACAUCCUGCAGGCGCUCGACCACCAGGCCGCUGACAAGGACGUGCAGUACCAGGUGAUGAAGGAGCGAGUGAUGGAAUCCGCCCGCGCCAUCUUCCGCCCCGAGUUCAUGAACCGCAUCGACGACUUCAUCGUCUUCCAGUCGCUCGACGCCGCGCAGAUCACACGCAUCGUACGUCUACAGCUGGCGCGCGUGCAGCAGCGCCUCAAGGACCGCAAGAUCCGCCUCCAUGUCACCGACGCCGCCGUCGACCACCUCGGCCACCUGGGCUAUGACCCGGCGUACGGUGCGCGCCCGGUGAAGCGGGUGAUUCAGCAUGAGGUGGAGAAUGAGCUGGCCAAGGGGAUUCUGAGGGGGGAUUUCGGGAGGACGAUGUGGUGGUCGUGGAUACGGAGAUUGUGGUGGGGAGUGCAGCUCCGACCUACGCCUCGUGCGACACCGCUUUCACUCUGCGAUCGCCACGCCUCUGACAAAGCGCGCGCUUCUGAAAGAGUCAGCGCGCUCGCAGCCAUGGCGCUGGCGCAGCAGCGGCGCGCCGCGGUGCUGUCCUAUCCGCCGUUGAAGCGGCGGGGCGCGGCGGGGUCGUUGGCGCGCGUGAUCGGCGACGACGGGCUCCGCGCCGAUGGCCAGUCGCUGGAGGAGAGCCGCGCCGCGUUUCUCAAGGCAAAGACGGUCACACAGGCGGCGGGGUCGGCCUAUGCGGAGUUUGGCGGCACCAAAGUGAUUUUUUCAGUGUGA